UCAUCCAGUAAAGAAGAACAAAGUACUCAUAAACAAGAUGUGGUUCGUUUCAACGAAUUACAAAAGGAUACAAGUACACGCGAUAAUUUUUAAAGUCUAUAUCAAAGGGGAAAUAUUAAUCGACUCAAAAACAUUCAUUUUAUCUAGAGCAGAUUGGAACAAAGAAGAAACUUCGACGUUAGAGGCAGAUGAAGAAGCGGAGGAUCGUGGAUUAACAUCGGCCGACGAAUCCCCGGCUAUUAUUAGUAGCAUCGACGACCCUCGCGUUUUAACAAUUCUACGAAGUUUGAAACUGAACUGCCCUUGCAAAUCGUGCAGCGAACACAAUCCAGUUUCCACAAAUCAACAGGAAGAUAACAGCGAUUUAAAGAGUUCGUCCCCAGAAGAAAUCAGAAAAAAGAAAUGGUCAUUAAAAUAUCGAAAAUACAUCGAGACGACUUCAGAUGAUGUGGACAUUUCGUCUGAUUGCAAUAGCGAAUACAGUAAAAAAGAAAAGAGAGGUCAACACAAAGCGAAGUAUAUUUUGACUCAUCGUAUCAAAACAAGCUCGAUAGUACACGCACCACCAAAAAUUACGAAUCGUCGACGAACUAGUUUCUCCUUUUUUAAUACCCUUUUUGACAUUGUUUUCUGGCCUUAUUUAUUUUUGAAAACGAAUCGAUGAGAGCUGACUUUCUUCUUCGUUUUUGGAAAGAUAAUAUUUAAGAAGAAAUGGUAUGAACAAUAGAUCGAUAAUUGAAAAGUUUCAUGAUUUCUUUAAAUAUCUUUGUAGAGAUAUAGAUAUGAAACUUCGAAUUUACCAUUUAUUUUAUGUA